UUUCCUUUUCUAUUCCCGUUCAAAAAGUGAAUGGCUUUUCCUGCUCUUCUUUGUUUGUCUGGUCAAUUCAAUCCAAUGUUUUCGUAGAUUUUAUUUAUCCUUUCUUCGGUGUAUCCAAGAGAAGAAUUAAAUCUCUUUGGUAACAAUUGGUCGGGUUCGAUUUUUGUCCUCCCCACAUUCGCAACCACCCCGGCGCGAUCCUUUCUCUUCUGCAGCAGAAAGCAUGGUGGAUAAUGAUAAUCAUAACAGUAAUGGGAACAAGAGUAGUAACCACAAGAAGAAGAAGACGAAGACCAAGCGUGGAGGUAGCAAGAGGAAGAUGAGCGCGGAGCAGUGCGUGGCGUUCAAGGCGGUGGCGGAAUGGGUUUGUUUGAAUCAACGGCCGCCUUACCUUUCCACAGCUGCUUCCUGCCUGGUGGAUGAUUUUGGGGUGCAGAAGAGCUCGGGGAGAGGUGGGGGUAGAAUUGUAUUCGAUUUGCACUGUCAUUCUAACCACAGUGAUGGCUUCUUAUCCCCUUCUAAGCUCCUAGAGAGGGCUCAUGGAAAUGGGGUGAAAGUUCUUGCUCUCACAGAUCAUGAUACCUUGUCUGGGAUCCCUGAAGCCAUUGAAGCAGCUGGAAGAUUUGGCAUCAAGAUAAUCCCAGGUGUUGAAAUCAGCACAAUAUUCUCUCCAAGGUGUAGUGGGAACCAUGAAUUGGAAGAACCAGUCCACAUCCUUGCAUACUACAGCAGCUGUGGACCUUCAAGGGUAGAAGAAUUGGAUAAGGUGUUGUCUAAUAUAAGGGAUGGCCGCUUCUUGCGUGCCAAAGAGAUGGUCUUGAAGCUUAAUCACCUCAAGCUUCCUCUCAAAUGGGAGCAUGUUGCUAGGAUUGCAGGCAAAGGAGUUGCUCCUGGUAGGCUUCAUGUUGCUCGAGCUAUGGUCGAAGCAGGUUAUGUAGAGAACCUGAAACAGGCUUUUUCCAGAUAUCUACAUGAUGGUGGACCUGCUUACUCAACCGGGAAUGAGCCUCGCUCAGAAGAAGCAGUCCAACUUAUACAUGACACUGGGGGCAUUUCAGUGUUGGCUCAUCCAUGGGCAUUAAAGGAUCCAGUCGCAGUAGUGAGAACCUUAAAAAGUGCUGGCCUUCACGGGAUUGAGGUUUUCAGAAGUGAUGGUAGACUGUCUGUGUACAGCGACUUGGCAGAUUCUUACGGGCUUCUGAAGCUUGGGGGCUCUGAUUUCCAUGGCAGGGGAGGGAAGAGCGAGUCGGAAGUUGGAAGCGUCAAUCUCCCUGUAAUGGUGCUACACGACUUCCUCAAAGCUGCACGGCCAAUCUGGUGUGAUGCCAUAGCGGGCAUUCUUCAGAUGUAUGCUGAUGAUCCAUCUGAAACAAAUCUGGCAAGAAUUACAAGGUUUUGGAGAAUGAGGCAAUCGAAAGAUAGUAUUAUUGGAACUGGGGGCAAGGACAUGAUUGAUCAUUGCUUAUCAUUGUGGUUAACAGCUGAAGAGAGGCAGCAGAGUGCCGCCGGGUUUGAGGCCAUUAGAGGAAAGUUAUCAAGUGUUUCAAUCACUUAGUGUUUACUGUGGCCUGCUUUCUUCCUUUGAGGAUUCAGUGAGACUUGCAAAAACAACACCAGAUAGAACACAAUUUUGUGCGACAUUUUGCUGCACUGAUGUCUUGGACCAAGUUUGUGUACAUGACUGGGUGUCCAAUUUAGCUCGGCUGCAUUUUCCCCUUCUUUCUGGAAAGGCGAUUACAGAGGAACGAUUUCAAGAAAAUUAUGUAAGCGAACUUUUCAAAAGCUAGCUUAUGCUAGGCGGCUUUGGUAGAUCAUAAUUGCAUAAAAGUUGCUUUGUCUAUGAGACGCACCACUUGGGCUUGAGAGCAAUACAACGAUGUCUUUGUUUUUUUUUUUUUUUUUUUUUUUGUAAGGCACCUAAAUGCCUUUGUUUGUCUUUAAUAGUUGGG